UAAGGACACUGGGGGAUGAAGACGGGAGUUUGUCUUCUCGCGUCGACCAGCGUGACAUUUUUCUCAAGAUCAAAGGUCGUUGAGAACUCCUUAGGACAAGGGGAGGUGAAGGCGAAGGCGAAGGCGAAGGCAAAGGCGAAGACGAAGGCGGAGUCGAGAGCAGAGGCGAGAAUUUCGGUGGACGAUUCGCGGUGGCGGGUGAGGAAUUUCGGAGGGUUGAAACGGCGGAUAAAAGGUGGCAUGAAAAUGGGAGAGAAUCAGCAGCAACAGCAGCAGCAGCAGCAGCAGCAGCCGCAGUUUCUUCGUUCGAUCAACAACGAUCAGAGGACUUUCGUUAAGUUCAUCAAUACGACGCAGCGCCACGUCGGUUUGUAUUGGAUCGACUACCAGGGACAGGCGGUCAGCUAUGGCGUGUUGACGCCUGACGAACACAAGGAUAUCAACACGUUUGUCACCCAUCCGUGGAUCUUUGUUGACAAUGAAACGAACGACAGGUACACGGUUAAUCAGAGGGACGUCUUCUUUCCGCAACCGUGGCAACGCGAAAGGCUAUACGUAUACAUCACGCUGCCGUUGUAUACGUUGCGAGAGAUGUCGCUGAGGACCAUCAAGCGGCGUCUAUCGUACGAUCUACAGGCCUUUCACCUCGACAUUCCCAGGAGUCUUCAGUUCGAGCUGGCUGCGAUGCUGCCGAAAAAGGAGGAUUGAAACAAUUGUUCCAAUUUCUAGCGAUUGCUUCGCUGGACUAUACAAACAACCGCGUUCUUUGCAACGUUACAGUCGAGAUGAAAGAUAUUCUGCUCGAGACAAUCGCCCCGUCCAUACUUGCGCUAACCACCGGUUUCGUGACAAACUCAAUCACGGCUGGUUUCUGUACGGUCAAUCCUAUAAAUAUACGUUCAUCGAAGAAAUUUGUCUAAAUUAAAUGAUAGGUUUGCUCGCUAUCAUUUCAUUUAAACAAACUUUUCCAUGAAACAUAGAAUGUACGAAUACUUGUGGGACUGACUGUACAUACACGUAUAUCGACCAGUGAAUGUCACUUAUCGACAACCACGUCGUGUAUCCUUUUUUGCUGCAUCUGUUCGAACCAAGAAGAUGGAACGCAAAGCAAUGGAAUGGUCGGAUCGCACGGGGGAGACAGUCGUUCGACUGGUAGAGGCCAGGUUGGAAAGUACCAACGAAAAAGACGCGUCUAACAACCGGAAGUCUCGAAUAUUAUGCACAUAGAGAUUUUAUUGGUAAGCGUUCCGCUCGGAUACGAACGACUCAAGUAGUUAUCGAUAUCGAUCCGCUGUUACAUCGUAAUCCGUUGCAGACGUUACGGAAACGCAGUUAUCGAAUGUAUAAAUUUUAUUUUAACUUACAAACUGUUGCGUACCUAUAGAAAAUGAUUUCUUUGAAAUGUGCGUCCAGAAUGCUAGAGAGCGACGUCCACUAUAUCCAAAGGAUCGAAAACAUGUGCUCGACGUUUAGUAGCUUGUCGCAAAGGGGUAAAGGUCUAGGAAUUUGCCAAAAUUGGUGUACGUAAGCGUGGUACGUACUCGCAUAUGCAUUUUAUCGUUGGAAAGUUUCGGACUCGACGGCGAGCACUCUUUUCCUCGAUACCACUCACCUCCCUCUGUUCGGAAUAACAGAGAAAGAUUGCAAGUGGAAAAUAUUAAAAGGUUUGUCGAAAGUGUUGCAUUCCUUUGUUUGCUUAAAUUCUUUGCGCCAUUCCACUCCUUUGCUUCAAACGAGUUUACUCGUUGAACGGUGUUUCUAUUUACGCUAUUAUGUUAAGCUGUUAUGUUAAGAGUUUUCUCUUCCGUUACGGCGCACACCGGCAAUCUCUUACUAAUAAGAUCUAAGUUGGUUAAAUUGUCAGUGUUUUUACUCGUGUUACUAUUUCUAAAAUUAUUAAAAACGAAGAACGAAAAGAA